GCUUCCGCUUCCGGCAGGGUGGCGGCUCCGCGUGCGCGAUGCGGCCGCUGACCGAGACGGAGACACGGGCGGUGUUCGAGAAACUGGGGAGAUACAUCGGUGAGAACAUCCAGCUGCUGGUGGACCGGCCCGAUGGCACCUACUGCUUCCGCCUGCACCGGGACCGCGUCUACUACCUGAGCGAGAAGCUGCUGAAGGCGGCGGCCAGCGUGCCCCGGGAGAGCCUGGUGUCCCCGGGCACCUGCUUCGGGAGGUUCACCAAGACACACAAGUUCCGGCUCAGCGUCACGGCGCUGGAUUACCUGGCACCCUACGCCAAGCACAAGGUGUGGGUGAAGCCUGGCUCUGAGCAGUCCUUCCUCUACGGUAACCACGUCCUGAAGUCGGGGCUGGGCCGCAUCACGGAGCACACGGCGCAGUACCAGGGGGUGGUGGUGUUCUCCAUGGCUGACAUCCCACUGGGCUUUGGGGUGGCUGCCAAGUCCACGCAGGAGUGCAGGAAGGUGGAUCCCAUGGCCAUCGUGGUGUUCCACCAGGCUGAUGUUGGGGAGUACGUGCGGAACGAGGAGGCUCUGACCUAAGGACACCCCCGUGCUCUGCAGACACCCCAGUUCCCAGGCAGAAGGGACCCUGUCCUGCACCCUGGGUGCAGCAGACACGUGGGGAGCCCACCCUGAGGGGGGCAGAGGGACCGAGAGCUGCUGACACCCCCUGAGGUGCUGCUGAGGCAUGGAGGGGCGGCCCCCACUCUGCCAGCCCUGCCCUCAGAUAAAGCUGUUCCUUCCUCUGA